AUGUUUCUGAGAGAUAUGAUCUUGGUUAAUUUUCAGGUUAUUAGUCUUGUGGGAGCACAAAAGGCAACUUUGCAUCCUGAUGAUAUAUUACUACUUGCAAAUUUCAUAUUGUCCUCCGAAUCUUUUAGGACUUCGGAGUCUUUUUCACCCAUAUGCUUGCCAAGAUACAAUCCUAUGGCCUUCCUAUACGCUUAUGUUCAUUUUUUUGAUGAAAAUACUUACUUGACUCUUCUUACUCCGAGAUCAGAUGCCUUCUUUGAUUUGAAAGAUUCAAGGUGA